UGUUACUCUGAUGAAAUAUAAAGAAACACGUUGAUGAUGAUGAUGAUGAAGAGGAAAUAAGCGGUCCGAGGAGAAGAAGAAGCGCCUUCAUGUCAGGAGCAAAAACUGAGCUUUGAUCUGACACAGAGAGGGCUAAUGGUGUACUUCCUGUCCGCGGAGGGCGUAAAGCCCUCGUUCCACUCCGCUGUCCUCUUUAACCCCGCCAUCAACGGUUCCUCCACGCCGACACCCGUCAUCUGCCGUCUGGACGCCUCCUCUUCUGCCGCUUCGCUGCAAAGCAACGUCUCGCUGACGUCAUACGACCUGUCGCCAGCGGAGGUCACGCUCCUCGGCCUCGUGUUCGGGGUGUUCUGGGUCAUAUCGGUGCUGGGAAACUCGCUGGUGUGUCUGGUGAUCCAUCGGAGCCGCAGAACCCAGUCGACCACCAACUACUUUGUGGUGUCGAUGGCGUGCGCGGAUCUGCUGUUGAGCCUAGCCUGCGCGCCGCUAGUUCUCCUGCAGGUUUCCGCGGGUCACUGGCCUCUGACCGCGGCCGCGUGCAAAGCCGUGCGCUACCUGCAGCAUCUGUGCCCCGGAGUCCAGGUCUACGUGCUUCUGUCCAUCUGCGUGGACCGUUUCUACACCAUUGUGUAUCCGUUGAGCUUUAAAGUGUCGCGCGAGAAAGCCAAACGAAUGAUUCUGGCGUCUUGGCUCUUCGACGCCGCAUUCGUAUCGCCGUGUUUGUUCUUCUACGGAUCGUCGGCGUCACAAAACCACUGCGACUUCUUCCUAGCGGACAGCUGGGACGGGUUGGCGUACGCCGUCGCGCAUCUUCUCCUUGGUUUCUUGGUGCCGGCGCUGCUCAUCGUGACCUUCUACCAGCGGGUGGUGCGCUACAUCUGGAGGAUCGGCACUGACGGGCGAACAGUGCGCAGGACCAUGAACAUCGUCCCCAGGACGAAAGUCAAAACCAUUAAGAUGUUCCUGAUGCUCAACGCCGUGUUUCUCCUCACCUGGACGCCGUUUUACAUAGCGCAGCUUUGGCACCCGAGGGAAACGGCGGGCCCAAGCAGACGGUCAGCGCUGUUUUUCGUCACCGUGGCCUGGAUCUCCUUCAGCUCCACGGCGUCCAAACCCACGCUGUACUCCGUGUACAACGCCAACUUCAGACGCGGCAUGCGAGAGACGUUCUGCAUGUCGUCCAUGAAGUGUUACCGCAGUAACGCGUACACCAUCACCGCCAGCUCGCGGAUCUCCAAAAAGAACUACGUGGGUGUGGUCGAUCUGCCCGUGCCGGCAAAGACGCUCAUCAAAGACUCGGUUUAUGACACUUUUGACCGGGAAGCAAAGGAGAAGAAGUUAGCAUGGCCUAUUAGCACUAACCCACCCAACACAUUCGUAUAAAGGCUCAGAAAUUAACGUUAAAGAGAUAGCAUGCCCAAAAAUGAAAAUACUGUCAUCAUUUACUCAC